UUUGACAGUGUCGUGUGUGCGAGCGAGCACUGCUCGACGGAGCGUGCAGGAAACGCGGCUGUGACGGAUGACCUCCGCGUUUUAGCGGCGCAGCGUUUGCGAUGUGUGCUUUGCGUGUGAUUUGAAACCCGGGUUCCCGUUCGACAUGGAAUUUUUCGAGAGCGUGCGGGACCUUUUGCCGGAUUGGCUGACGAUGAAGCCGAAUUUCGACCGAGCCGAUGAAGCCUGUGAAGAUUUCGUUCGUGACGGUUGGGCCGAGGACGAGGACGACUUGACCAUGUCGAGUCGAAUGGAUCUCUUUCAUUUGCAUUUUCGAGACGUCGAAGAUCUUGUCCCCGAUCCGAAACCGCUUACUGUGAAAGGGAAUUUUCCGACGUGGCUGCGCGGGCGAUUCAUCCGGAUAGGCCCGGGAAAGUUCGAUUUGUCAGAGGAUUUUUCAGUUAAUCAUUGGUUUGAUGGAUACGCUUUGCUGUACAAACUCGACAUCGAUGACGGGAAUGUGAGCUUGACGAAGAAAUUCUUGGAAUCGGAUGCGUACAAAAAGGCUAUGCAACACAGGAGACCCGUGUUCACGGAAUUCGGGACCAAGGCGUUCGCGGACCCGGACAAGAAUUUAUUUGCACGCAUGAUGUCGAAACUGAAUCCGUCCAAUAUGACGGAUAACGAUGGAGCCAAUAUCGUUGAACUUUUCGGCAAAUUCUACGCUUCGUCGGAAACGUGCUUUAUGCGGGAAGUGGAUCCGAAAACUCUGGAAACUGGUGCAAAGCUGGAUUUCUACAAAGCUGUUGGAGUCAACUUCUUGUGCAGCCACCCGUUAGUGGACGGAGAUGUUGCGUACAACAUUGGGACGAGUGUUAUGGCUGGAGUGAGACAUCACGUCAUCAAAAUGGAAAAUCCGGGUUCUGGUGCGUCCAUGAGCGAUCAUUUUUGUGAAAUGUUAAAGCAUCUUCCGUUACUUGUGCAUACGACGAAAUUGAUCAUGUCGCAAACGAUGGGACACAGCCUUCGGGACUGCAUGGAAUGGUUCCCCGAAGAUCAUUGCCGUUUCGUACUUAUUGAGAAAAAAACUGGGCAUGUCGUGAAAACGUCCUACAUCACUGCCGAUCCUCUUUUCUUCUUCCACGUUAUCAACGCGUUUGAAACGGACACUGACGAACUCGUGAUCGAUCUGAUCGGAAAUGAUUCCGUGCGAAUCAUCGAUAACUUCUUGCUGGAAAAAGUUCGGAGCAAUUUAUUUUCUCCCAAGGACCCCGGGUAUUUCAGACGAUUCGUUCUUCCACUGGAGGGAUUCAAAGAUAUUCCUUCUGGGAAAAAUUUGGUGAAAUUGAAGGAUUCAACUGCCACUGCGUACAAAAUCGGGCACUCAAUUGUCGUGCGACCCGAGAUUUUCGGAGAGCAAGGCUAUGAAAAUCCCGUGGUGAAUGAAAGCUACAAAAUGAGGCCUUAUCGUUACUUCUACGCCACUUCCCAUUUUUACGGUGGACCAUUCGCCAAUUCGUUGGUCAAAUUCGAUGUCGUAUCCCAAACGACGCUGACGUGGAGUCAAAACGACAAAACGUUUCCUUCGGAACCUGUUUUCGUUCCAGAAGCGAACGCAUCCGAAGAAGAUAAGGGGUUAAUACUUUGUACGGUUAAAGACAUCUGCCCUGCUAAUAAGGAUUUUCUGUUGGUGCUAAACGCUAAAACGAUGGAAGAAAUCUCUCGAGUAGAAACAUCCCACGAAUUGCCGAUUAUCAAGGUGGACCUCCAAGAGAAGAAAAUUCGCCGGUGGCAUUUGAAUGAAAAAACUUUUCCCACGGAAGCCGUGUUCAUUCCGUUUCCCGGCGGAUCUGCGGAGGAUGAUGGAAUCCUGAUGACGACUGUGACGGUGUUCGAUGAGAGUUUGACCCAUCCAGAUCUUGAGAGGCGUCGCCAACCUACUGAUUUUCUAGUGGUUUUGGAUGCGAGAACUUUGGUUGAAUUGGCGCGAGCAGAAAUUGAUUCUUAUCUGCCUAUGGGACUGCAUGGAAUUUGGAGCGAUACGCGUCAGGUUGCAUCGUAAACCAUAAUUGCUGCUGAAAGCGUUCAUUUUCAGUUUUUAACUCUGUUCUUACUUGAGUGCUCGAGUCCUCCGUUGAUCCAUGAGAUGGGUUGAGCACUUUUCGAAAAGUAUACUCGAAUCUCUGUUCCAAUCUAUUCGUGGUACUUCAUGUUCAAUAAAUGAAAGUAGCUUUAAAAAUUACCCCUAGCAAAACCUUUUGGCAAUACAAGUCGUUACUUCGGUUUAUUUUCUCCGGGAAUAGCCAGUUUUUAAAAUUUUUUAGAUUAACUUUGCUAUGCACAGUGCAUUUUAUUGCUAGUUCGAAUUACCUCUGAAAAAAUUCUUACAUCUACUUUUUCACGUCAUCGUGCAAUUCGUUGCUCUUGAAUACCGUAGCAUUUCAAAAGGAACGUCUGAAUUGCUGUGAAUUUUCUAGAAUUUCUUGGACGGACUGGCUCUGGAGACCACUGUAUAAGGGCACUCAUAAUUACUUCACCUUUUUCAUUGCAUGAUAUUUUUUUUAAAUCUAAUAAUCGUGUGUAGUAUAUUGCCAGCACCUCAAAAAACUUUUGUCUGGCUUUCAAGUGACAACCCGUCUCCAAUUUCUUACGCGAGCUAUCGGGUUCACCGUUUGUAUCGACAAUUCGUCACGUACUCACGUAUUUCGCUUCUUUAAAGAUAUUUCAAGUGUUCUUUUCCGCUCAAGAAUUAAACUAGGGUUGCCCAAGAUACGGCCCAUGAAUUUCUUCUCUGGCCCUCGAAAAUUUACCCCACGAUUUUUAAAACAUCACAUGCCAAUCGAACUCCUAAAAUACCUGGAAAAUCAACUGCGUAUUUCCUCUUUUUUCGCUACUCAGUUUGAAAUAUAAUAAAAUAACAUUUCAAAAUCCUGAUUAAUUUAAAGAUAUCUAAUUGCUUUGAUAUGAAAAGGCAUUGUAGCAUGCAUUGCAAAUUUUUUUUGCAGAAUGUCUACAUCUUACGGACCCCUCCACCUAUACAAAUUUUGAAUAUUAUGAUGCGUCGUAAUUUCUUCUUUUGGCCGUCAAAGACGUUACUCCUUGCCCUUUUGGCCCACCACCAGUUUUGAGUUUGGCAGUAUGGGCACCACUGGUUUAAACAAAUGGGAAAGUGCUAGUAACUCAGUCUAGCAGAGGUAAUUUUAAUAGGGCUCUAAAAUAAUGUCGGCAUGAACUGCGUGGUUGACAGGUUUUUGCGUUCGUUAGAAGUCCUCCAAAUUGCCACCCGGGCCAGCGAUGUCUUUCAGCAGGGAAGGCUGUAUUUGCUUAAAUUUCUUCUGCUCUCUACCUGUGGAGAUUUCGCAAUGUCAGCUUGCUUUUAUCUUGAUGGGAAGCAUUUUUAAUUUACUAAAUUGAAAUUUUUCCGGAGAAGGAAAGUCGGUGGUGUACUUCCAGCUCGGCUCGAAAAGUGAAACGUCGUUGUUUUAGUGCACUGCUGCGUUGUUGAGAUGUUGUGGUUUGAAUAGUAGUUAACAUCCGCAGUGUCUUGCAAUUUUAUGAAAAACUUUCUCUUCUCAAUCUGUGGUAGUAUUCUCUAGAGAGAGAAUUGCUUGCGCAAAAUAUAUGUGCAAGGCGAUUACGCAAAAUUCCCGAAACUGCGGUUAUUUGCAGUGCUGUGUGAGCGAGUACGUGACAUUGAAUUCUUCCAUGGCUGUGAUUGCUUCGCGCGUGUACGUUGGCUGAGUGAUCUAGGAGUGUAUCAUUUCGUCUGGAGAUCGCUUUUGAGACGAUAUUGAAAUGUAGAUCUGAAACAUCCUGGG